GAGGGGCCAGUGUUGGAAAGAAGAAAGAUGGCAGCUCUGUGAGGAAGUGCACAUGUGGCGUCACAGACACAAAAAACACUUUAUAUCUUUAUGUUGAAAUAGUUUAACCUUUUUCAAACCAACAACACUUUCCGCUGUGACUAAGAUUAUCUCUACGAAGAAGCGAAAAUGCAACACGACGACGUUAUCUGGGACAUUAUUGGAAACAAACAGUUCUGCUCCCACAAAGUCAAGACGAAGAGUCAGAACUUCUGUCGUAAUGAAUACAACGUCACGGGGUUGUGUAACCGCUCGGCCUGUCCGCUCGCCAACAGUCAGUAUGCCACCAUCAGAGAGGAGAAAGGUCAGUGUUUCCUCUACAUGAAGGUGAUUGAGAGAGCGGCUUUCCCUGCCAGAAUGUGGGAGAAGGUGAAGCUCAGUAAGAACUAUGAGAAAGCUCUGGAACAGAUAGACGAGAAUCUGAUUUACUGGCCUCGAUUCCUGCGACACAAAUGUAAACAGAGAUUCACCAAAAUCACCCAGUAUCUGAUCCGUAUGCGCAAACUGGUCCUCAAGAGACAGAGGAAGUUGGUCCCUCUGAGCAGGAAGGUGGAGCAGCGGGAGAAGAGGAAAGAGGAGAAAGCUCUGAUAGCUGCUCAGCUGGACAACGCCAUCGAGAAGGAGUUGCUGGAGAGACUCAAACAGGGAACGUACGGUGACAUCUACAACUUCCCCGUCCACGCCUUCGACAAAGCUCUGGAUCAGCAGAAUGAAGAGAGCGAGUCAGAGUCCGAGUCUGAGGAGGAGGAAGAGGACGAGGAUGUUGGGAAGAGAGAGUUUGUGGCAGAAGAAGAAGUGGAGGAGAGUGACCUGAGCGACUUUGAGGACAUGAACAAGCUGAGGACGAGCAGCGACGAGGAGGAAGAGGAUGAGUCGAGUGACGAAGAUGAGGAGGAGGAGAUGGAAGCGGAGACCAAGGCCUCCAAGAUAAAAGGCAAAUCUCCGGCCAACGGCGCAGUGGCGAGGAAGAAGCGGGCUUACGUGGAGAUCGAGUACGAGCAGGAGACGGAGCCUCAAUCCAAGAACAGAGCGACGUAACGACGGCGUCAAUUUAUAGCACAGACUCAGCGGAGGACUUGCUCCUGUACGUACCACCAACACACUCACAGGAAAGAAACACUGACCCUCAGGUCGCUCUGUUCAUGUUUGGAGAGACACGUUGCGUUUUCUUCUUUCUUCCAUGAGCGUUGUCGUUCGCUCAGAUCCUGGAACCAGCGUCCACUCAGAAUGAGAUUUGACCCAAAAAUGCUUUUUAACUUGGUUUCUUUUCCUUUGGAUCUGAAUAAUUAAAUGACAAAAUGUUUGAAGUCGCAAGAACACAAUGGAAGCAAGACUCGUGUUUCAAUAUAACAAUAUUAAUAAUUUCAUUAUUAUAAUAAUAAAAUCUUAAUGGACGUUUUAUUUCCUUGCAGCUGUUUUGCCGUUUCUGAUUAUCACGUUUUUUGCUCAGUUUGAUUCCAAAUAUUUUUGUCCUUUUUAUUAAAAUGAUCUUCCUGGAAAAUGCGGUGAUGAGACCACAGGGACUCGAACAAGGGUUUAUUUCUGUUCUUGAUUCUGAACUGCUUGCCUAACACAGUUAUAUGAUGAACUUGUAAGUUAAUCCUAACAGUAUACACUCUAUGUUCCUGUUAAAUCUAAAUACGUAUCCGUCUGCAAUGUUUAGGCCAAAGACACAGAAAACAGACCUUAAAUAAGUCCAAGUGUGUGGACAGUCUCUGUGCCUCAGUAGCAGUACUUCAGAACACCACCAGUGGGCAGUUUCAGCCUGUGGUUAAUCUACAACUACACAGUAGUUUAUGUUCAUGUUUAUUUUGGUUUGUUUUUUAUGACAGAUUCCUGGAAACAUUCUCAAGAACAAACUGUGAGCACAAAGGUUACACAACUCUGUGCAACUGCUUUAAUAAAUUAAAUAUGAAUUAUAGAGAA